AUGGAUCAUUUGCUUUGUGAGGUGCCAUCCGGUUAUUUGCCCUCGAAGGAUAUUAACCUUUGCAUUCACGGUAUGCCAGGUCAAUUUGAUUCGGUAGACAAUAUCGAAGAUGGUCUAGCUGGUCUGGUAAAUAAUGGAGCCAGGGAAAGAUAUUUGGUGUGUAACCGCACUGUUGCUUUAGAAUGUUACGAUCACAUUGGUCUUAUGGGGCAAAAUAAACGCUUCAUACCUACAUCGCACGAAGUAAAGGUAAUUUUACGGCAUUUAGAGAAAACCAAAGUUUUGUUGGGCACAAAUGCUCACUGUCAGGCAGUAGAAGUACAUUUUGAUGAUUUAAAAAUUAGUAUUCCUGCCAUGAAACUAAAAUUGCAAUUAAGUCAGGCAAUUAAUCAGGCUAUGAUUCAGAAUGGGGAAGAGGGUAAGUACUAUGUAAUAACCCAUCGCUAUGUUCCCACACCACUGGCCGUUGGUACACAAUGUGUACUUUUAAAUGAUGUAUUUACUGGUUCACGACCAACAAUGGUUAUAACGUAUAUGAAAACACAGGAUCGUUACAAUGGGUCCAACAAACUUAACCCAAAUCUGAUUGCAUUUCCAAAUUUGGAAUUUUUUGGUAUUAAAAUUAACAAAGCGUUUGUACAACCACCUGUAUACAACUCUCGAGAGGCAUAUCUAAACUUACGACGCAUUUUAAAUCGUUGUUAUGACGAAAUGCCAUUUUCACAUUCUGAUUACCGGACCAGUUAUAGUAUAAUUGUAACUGAUUUAUCACCAAAUAAGGAUAGUUACAAUCAGGUUUUACCCAAUUCUACCGGUGGUGUGGUAAGUUUAGAGAUGAGGCUAAAACAGUCUUUGACAGCACAACACCAAAUUAUUAAUAUUAGUGAAUUUUGUAAUCAACUUAGCGUUGGUUAUCAGACUCUGGCACGGUUAAAAUACGACUUCUAA